CUUUUAAGCGAAAGUAUGAUAACGCAUCUGGCAAUUGGAAGCUUUAUCGAUGACGUCGCGCUUCCAAAUAAACGGAUCUGAUGUUCCUUAAAGCCUAAGGAGAUCUAUCGAGAAAUUUCAUCGCGUAACGUUCGUCCUUUGUUUCAAAAGGAAAUUAAGCUACGCUGCCAAGUUUCGAAUAAACGAAAUGCGCUUUCUUGGAUUGGUGGCGCCUCUCGAAUUCAGCCUGGAUCGCACACUCUCCGGGCGACAGCGAGAGUGGUGGGUCGACUUCUUCGUUUUUCUAUUUUCUAAAUGCAAAAAAUCACAAAAAAAUUGUAAUUUUGCCAAAAACCUAAAAAAAAAAAAAAAAACUAAGAACACUAACUUAAUUUAAGUUAGAAAAAAAAUCUCCUUUGGUGAAACAACUGUGCUCUUAUUCCAUCACAAUCAGUUACACUCGGUUUCUACGCCAUUUGUCUCGUAAGUACAUUUUCAACAUGGCAACCAUCCCUUCUCACGCGUUCGUAUCACAUUGCGUCAAUUAGUCGUUGACGUCAGUGAAACGUUUCAUAUCCCUUUUGAUAAUGUUGCUCUAAUUUUUUUGCUAAUCUUCUCUUUUUAUCUGCAGAUCAACUAAAUAUCUUUUGCCAUCUUGAUAAAUUUGACAACUUUCUGAAAAAUGAACAACACUGCUGGAGCUAAUUACCCAAUUGCCUCUCUAUACGUUGGUGAUCUUCACAAUGAGGUCACUGAAGCCAUGCUUUUCGAGAAAUUUUCCACUGCUGGGCCUGUGGUUUCCAUUAGAGUAUGCAGAGACAUGAUCACUCGUCGUUCACUUGGCUAUGCCUAUGUCAAUUUCCAACAACCAGCUGAUGCUGAACGAGCCCUAGACAGCAUGAACUUUGAUGUCCUUCGGGGAAGACCAAUUCGUAUCAUGUGGUCACAGCGUGACCCAUCCCUUCGUCGUUCUGGUGUUGGCAACAUAUUCAUCAAGAACCUUGACAAAACAAUUGACAACAAAGCUAUGUACGAUACAUUCUCUGCUUUUGGCAACAUAUUGAGCUGCAAAGUUGCUCAGGAUGAAGCUGGAAACUCAAAAGGAUAUGGGUUUGUCCACUUUGAAACAGAAGAGUCUGCCGUUAAUGCCAUUACAAAGGUAAAUGGCAUGUUGCUCAAUGGAAAGAAAGUCUUCGUUGGCCGCUUCAUUCCACGUAAGGAUCGCGAGCGUGAGUUGGGAGAGAAGGCUAAAUAUUUCACCAAUGUCUAUAUCAAGAAUUUCGGUGAUGAGUUUGAUGAUGAGAAACUCUUCGAAUGUUUCUCCAAGUAUGGAAAAGUCACAUCUCACAAGGUCAUGUCUAGUGACGAUGGGAAAUCUCGUGGUUUCGGAUUUGUUUGCUACGAAGAUCCUGAUGCUGCUGAGCGUGCUUGUGAUGAUAUGCACGCAAAGGACAUGAAUGGCAAGACCCUAUUUGUUGGACGUGCUCAAAAACGCAAUGAACGCCAAACUGAACUCCGACGCAAGUUCGAACAAAUGAAAAUCGAGCGCCUUAAUCGUUAUCAAGGUGUCAAUCUUUACGUUAAGAACUUGGAUGACACUAUCGAUGAUGAACGCCUUCGCAAGGAAUUCGCCCCCUACGGAACCAUCACCUCAGCUAAGGUUAUGACUGAAGGAGGUCGAAACAAGGGAGGUUUCCAGACAUCACUUGGUUUUGGUUUUGUUUGCUUUUCAUCACCGGAAGAAGCAACGAAGGCCGUGACCGAGAUGAAUGGCCGUAUCCUCGUUUCCAAGCCCCUGUACGUCGCCUUGGCUCAACGAAAAGAAGACCGCAAGGCACAGCUUGCUUCGCAGUACAUGCAGCGAAUGGCUGGUAUGCGUAUGCAACAAAUGGGUCAGAUGUUCCAACCGGGUGGUCCAGGUUAUUUCAUGCCCGCUCCCAUUCAGCCUCAACGCUUCUACACGCCAGCUCAGAUGGCACAAUUCCGUGCUACUCCUCGCUGGUCGGCUCAGCCUCAGGUUCGCCCGACUGCCCAACUUAACCAACAAGGUGCCGGAUAUCCCGUUUCAGCUCAGUACCGUGGCGGAGUGCCGCCACGCGGUCAGCCCCCGGUCGUCCGUUCCAUGCAGUCAGCUCGUCCCAUCACUGGUCAGCAGCCGAUGGUGCCGCAAGGAAUGCCUGGCCGUUCGAUGGGUAUGCCCUCAGGCGGACCCGUCAUGCCUCAACCCCGCCCCGGAUUCAAGUUUACUCCAGCAAUGCGAAACCCGCCCAGCCAAGGUUCCUUGCCUUCGAACGCCAUGGGUGGAUCGGCUGCCGGUGGAAUGCAACAAGCCCUCGUCGUCCAAGGACAGGAGCCGUUGACCGCAUCCAUGUUAGCUUCUGCCGCUCCCAAUGAUCAGAAGCAAAUGCUUGGAGAACGUUUGUUCCCUCUUAUUCAGCGCAUGUAUCCGGAUAUGGCUGGAAAGAUCACCGGCAUGUUGUUGGAGAUCGACAAUUCGGAGCUGUUGCACAUGUUGGAACACAACGAAUCACUCAAAGCCAAGGUGGAUGAGGCUGUCGCCGUACUUCAGGCUCAUCAAGCUAAACAAGUGGCUGCUGCAGUUGCAUCAGUUGUUCAACCGAAGGAGGAAUAAAGAAGAAAGAAAUUUAAAACAAAAAUUCACAAAAAAAUGGCAAAACUUCAAAAAAUCCACAAAAGUUUUUUUUUUUUCUUCGUCUACGACACGGAGUUAUAACGCAACUCUUCUUUUCUGUUCUACUUUUUCUGUCUUAAUCUUGAUGUCAUCGACCACCUUUGAAGAAAACCUCCUGGUCGCCCAGCCUUCUUUAUUUUUCGCUUAUUCUAUCCCUUCUUUUUCUUUAUUUUCCGUUUCUUUCUUGAUCAUUAUUUUCCUCUUUUCAUUUGUAAUCCCAUUCAGGUUGUGGGUUAUACUUCAAAUUACAAUUUCUUCUUGUACUGGUAUAAUUCCGAAAUACAAGACAUGGGUUUCAGGCUAAAAA